AUAUAUUAAUGUCACACUUUCUCCAUUACUUUCCACCCUCCAGAGAGAGAGAAAAGAGCGAGCAAGAGAGAGCGAGAGAAGGAGAGAGAUGAAGGUGUCUUCGUCGUUAGUCAUCGUCCUCGUCUCUCUCUGCGGCCUCGCGGCAUCUGUAUGGUCGCAGUCGUCGUCGCUGGAUUCGUGCAGCUCCAACCUGAACGUCGAUGGCCUCCCCUUCAACACGACUUCUCUCGCCUGCAUCUCCGCUUGGGCAUCUGAGAACUUCAUCCUCAGAUACCAGCAAACAUCCGCAAACACAUGGAGCUUCGUCCUCUCCACGCCCACCGCCAACUCCUACAUAGGCAUGGGCUUCUCGAGCAAACCGCAGAUGGUUGGGGCGAGCGCGGUGGUUGGUUGGUUCUCGUCAAGCGGCAGCGGCACGGUGAAGCAGUACGCGCUGGAUGCCCAGACUCCAUCCCAGGUCAAGCCCGACCAGGGUUCCCUGACCAUCGUGGCGAGCUCGUCCAUGAUCGUGUCGCAGUCGAACCGCACCUACAUGGCGUUCCAGCUAAACACGGCCCAGCCUGAGUCGAACCUGAUUUACGCGGUCGGGCCGUCCGGAUUCACGCCGGGGUCGACGUAUCAGCUGAUGCAGCACCAGGACAUGACAGUGACCUCCGUGAACUUUGUCUCGGGCCAAACCACGACUGAGGGCACUCCCUAUACCAGACUGAGGAGGAGCCAUGGGAUCCUGAACAUGCUGGCAUGGAGCAUCUUGAUGAUCAUUGGGAUAAUCGUGGCUCGUCACGGCCAGCAGUACGACCCGAUGUGGUUCUACGUGCACGCCGCCGUUCAAUCCUCGGCUUUCGUUCUGGGUUUGGUGGGAAUCAUUUGCGGCUUCGUGUUGGAAAACAAGAUCAGUGCCAGCAAUGUCUCCACCCACAAGGGUUUGGGAAUCUUCAUUCUUGUUCUUGGCUGCCUCCAGGUCAUGGCAAUUUUGGCUCGACCGGGGAAGGGAUCAAAAUUGCGAGGAUAUUGGAACUGGUAUCACCAUAAUGUGGGGCGGGUUUUGAUUAUUUUUGCGAUCGCGAAUGUUUUCUAUGGAAUUCAUUUAGGCGAAAAGGGGAACAAGUGGAAUGUUGGUUAUGGAAUUACUAUUGGUCUUCUAUUUGUAAUUCUCAUUGUUUUGGAGAUACAAAAGUUUAGGAAGUGAUGACACUUUUUGUACCCCUUUUGUGUGUAUUUGUUUCCACAGAGAAUAGGUUAAAGGGUCGUGGACUUUGGACUUUCUCCUUGUAAUUUAAAUUAGUUUGUUUAUAAUUUAUAUGUCGCUCAGUUUUCUUGAAAGCCGGUUUUAAGUAGACUCA